AUGGCCUAUCAACAAAAAGCACUGGUUAGCGACGAUCCCGAUUUGACAACCCUGUACGAAUUCCGCAAUGCUAAGGACUAUGCUGCUUACCUCCUGCCACAUAUCAAGCCCGACUUCCACAUCCUCGAUGUCGGGAGCGGACCGGGCCGAAUGACACACGACUUCUCACUUCUCGUGCCACAUGGCAAAGUCGUCGGUAUCGAUAUAUCACCGGGCAUUUUAGCAGAGGCAGCCGCUAAGUAUCAAGAGCCGAACCUCUCGUUCGAGCUCGGAGAUGCGUACGAGCUGUCACAGUUUGCCGAUGCCAGUUUCGAUGUGAUACACGCUCACGCAGUCAUCAUGCAUCUUCCAGAUCCAAUUAAGGCGUUCAAGGCCAUGUACCGUGUCGUGAAGCCCGGCGGAAUCGUGGCAACAAGGGAUCCCUCCGGCAGGGGAAUCGUGUCGAUCAUUCCCGAUCGACCACCUUUUACUGAACUGAUGACUGAGGCUUCACCGGCUCAGAUGAAAUAUAUAGAUGCAGUAGGGUCGUUCAGCCAGUUUGGCCUGCAUAAAGAGAAAUGGGCUAGGGAAGCGGGAUUUGGAGAGCGGGACGGUGGGAAGAUCGAGGUAAGGCUAAGCUACGAGCAUGUGACUACGGCUUGGAACCUCUUCCGCGGGUCCAUGGCGGAUCAAGCUGUCAGGCUAGGUAUUAUCACACAGGAGCAGGUCACUCGCUGGGCAGACAUCUGGAGCGAAUGGACCAAGGAGGAAGACCGUCUUGCGAAGAAAGAGUUUGUAGAUAUGUUGUGUUUUAAGGGCAAGAAGGACUAG